AUGAAACUUGUGUUUCAUUCUUAUUUAUUCAUUUCUGGGACUUGGUUGCUGAAAUCUCUUGCGGAAUUUGCCCUGAUCCUCGUUAGUUUGGGUUUCACUAUGGGACAAAGGAGAUGGCUUUUUUUGCUGGCAAUUUUUGCCUUUCUUCUUUCCUUUUCUUCCAGUAGAGUUCUCAAGUUGAGGAGCGAUGAAUUUCGACCUGUUUACAACCAUACGCUUGCCUUAACGCUUGUGGAGUAUGCUUCUGCGGUCUAUAUGUCUGAUCUGUCAGAACUCUUCCAUUGGACUUGUGAAAGAUGCAACGGUUUGACAAAGGGCUUCCAAGUGAUAGAGAUAAUAUUUGACGUUGAGCACUGCUUACAGGCAUAUGUUGGUGUGGCUAAGGAUUUGAAUGCUAUCAUUAUUGCAUUCCGGGGAACUCAAGAACACAGCAUACAAAAUUGGGUCUCGGACUUGUUCUGGAAACAGCUCGAUCUAAAUUACCCUGAUAUGCCAGAUGCAAUGGUACAUCAUGGCUUUUAUAGUGCAUAUCACAACACAACUGUACGGCCUGCAGUUUUGGGUGCAGUAAAACGAGCAAAGAAAGCCUAUGGGACUAACAUGAAGAUCAUGGUGACUGGUCAUUCAAUGGGAGGAGCCAUGGCUUCCUUUUGUGGGCUAGACUUAGUUGUAAAUGAAGGAGAAGAAAAUGUGCAGGUUAUGACAUUUGGGCAACCUCGUGUUGGGAAUGCCGAUUUUGCAUCUUAUUAUAGUUUGCUUGUGCCUAACACCUUCCGGAUCACGCAUGACCAUGACAUAGUUCCUCAUCUGCCUCCUUACUAUUAUCUUUUCCCUCAGAAAACAUACCACCACUUCCCAACAGAGGUGUGGGUGAAAGAUCUCAGUUUCUUGAAUAUUUUUCGGUUUAGUAUGGAGAAAGUUUGUGACAACACCGGUGAAGAUCCUACAUGCAGCAGAUCGGUGAGGGGAACAAGCAUUUCGGACCAUCUAAGGUACUUUGGGGUAGAGCUGAUGUGUGAGACUUGGAGACAAUGCACGAUAGUGAUGAGCAAUGAGAUGGAAAGGAGUCGGUGGACUCGAGUCUUGAACAAGAAUGCUUGCUUGAGAGGAAGGUUUGGGAGAUUCAAUGCGGAGGAAGAAGAAGGUUUCUUUCUUUGA